GAAGAAGUAGAAGUAGAAGAAGAAGAAGAAGGAGGAGGCUCAGGCUCAGGCUCUGUUAUCCACUGCUCCUCCCUGCAGACAGGCAGACCAGAGUAGAUAUCUCAGAUUUAGUCGGGUGUCCAAUGUGGUCACUUCCUGGAUAGACUGUUUUUCUUUUUUUGUUUUUAAGAAUUUGAAAAACGCAUUUUGUCAGACUUCAGUCCACGAACCAAGUAUACAGUUCAGCCAUCGGAUUCCUGCGUUAUUACUUUAUUAUUUUCUUUAUUUGUUGGUUAACAGAGAGGCGAUUCGUUAACGUUGGUCACGAUCAAAGUUGGCUAGUAAGCUAACGCUAACGGUCGGGCUGUGUUUUACUCAAGCCAUGUCCGCUUCGGCUGGAUGCUCCCCGGCGGGCCAUAGCUCAGGCCCGGGCCCCGGAAUUACCAUAUUUCGUUGGCUAGAAGUGCUGGAGAAAGAAUUUGACAAGGCAUUCGUGGACGUGGAUCUCCUGCUCGGGGAAAUAGACCCAGAUCAGGUCGACAUUACGUACGAGGGUCGGCAGAAGAUGACCAGCCUCAGCUCCUGUUUUGCUCAGCUGUGUCAUAAAACCCAGACGGUCUUCCAACUCAACCACAAACUAGAGGCUCAGCUGGUGGACCUGCGGUCUGAGCUGACUGAGGCGAAAGGGGAGCGGGCGGUGGUAGAAAGAGAGGUCCAUGACCAGCUCCUGCAGCUUCAUGCUCUUCAGCUGCAGCUUCACACUAAAAAAGGCCAAGCUGAGGACUCUGACACCAUCAAGGACAGACUGCCUACACCACCAGUGGAAAAGAUGGAAAAGGAGCUGGAGGCUAGUAAGAAGGAGAAAUUAGUAGAGGCAAGGCUGGAGGCUGAAGUGAGACUAUAUAAGAAGGAAAACGAGGCCCUUCGCAGGCACAUGGCAGUACUGCAGGCCGAAGUGUAUGGCGCCAGACUGGCUGCCAAAUACCUCGACAAGGAACUGGCUGGAAGGGUGCAGCAGAUCCAGUUACUAGGCCGUGACAUGAAAGGGCCAGCACACGACAAGCUAUGGAACCAGCUGGAGGCAGAGAUUCACCUUCACCGUCAUAAGACUGUCAUCCGUGCAUGUAGAGGUCGCAACGAUCCUAAGAAACCUCUCCCCUCUCCAGUGGGGCAUGACCCAGACAUACUGAAGAAAACCCAGGGAGUAGGCCCUAUCAGGAAGGUGGUGCUAGUGAAAGAUGAUCAUGAGGGGCUGGGAAUCUCUAUUACAGGUGGGAAGGAGCACGGUGUUCCCAUUCUAAUUUCAGAGAUCCAUCCAAGUCAGCCUGCAGACAGAUGUGGAGGUCUGCAUGUUGGAGAUGCCAUCCUUGCUGUCAACAGCAUUAAUUUGCGAGAUGCUAAACACAAAGAGGCGGUCACUAUUUUGUCCCAGCAGCAAGGACAGAUAGAGUUUGAGGUGGUAUAUGUGGCUCCAGAGGUGGACAGCGAUGAUGAGAAUGUGGAGUAUGAAGACGACAGUGGCCAUCGCUACCGACUUUACCUGGAUGAACUGGAGGACAGCAGCACAGCGCCAACUAUCAACAGCUCGGCAUCAUUGCAGGAGUGUCCACACUCCCCAGAGCUGCUGCUGCUGAAGGGCUUUCGCAAUCAGUUUUAGUCGAAAAUGAAAAAAAGCUCUGGAGAAGAUAUCACUGAGCAACGGAGCAGAGAAUGGAGAUACUGGGAUCUCCAGUGAGACCCCUUCAGAGGAAACAUCUUCAAAGCCUCCCGUGACUGACUGUUCCUACUAGAGGCUCAGCAAAGGUCAUUGGUAUAUAAAGGUAAUGGGAUUGGUUGGGAAAAUUCCUCUCUAAGAACUGAAUCAAAGAAUUCCAUAAAGAGCCCAGUGAGGGACACGGGAAAAUAAACAGGAAGUGUCUGUUUUUUCUUCUUUCUCUUGGUUCUGGGGUGGUGGGAUUAGGGCAUUUAGCCUUGGGUUGUGGCAAUGAUUAGGUGUUAAAGUUCAGCAGACUUGAUAGCUAUGUAGUGGGGGAGUGAUGAUGAAUAAUGUGUAGCAUUUUUGGAGAUAUUUAAUGAAGAGAGUGGUGGGUAUUGCUAGGGAUGCCUUAUAUGAGAAAAGAACAGAGGGUAGAUUUCACUAAGCUGUCUUGUAGGUACAGUUACUCAAGUUUGAAAAUUUCAGGGAGACACUUCAAAAGUAUUUGCAUCAGUCCAAUGGUGACCCGAGGAGAGUGUAAAAUAUAUAAAAACCGAAAUUAAUGGAAAAAAACAAUUUCUAAUGACUCAAAUUAUUGUAAUGCAAGACCUAGACUAUUAAUUCACAACAAGAUGAGCUGUUAAAAUAUCAAUAUCAACAAAGUUCAAAUUUAAAAAACGUGAAGUAAAUAUUAAAUGGAAAAAUGCUGUAUAUUCUUACCUGCCAUCACAAUACACAUAUUAACCAUUUGUUAAAAAUCGAACAAUUUUAGUAGCAUUCUUUUUUAUUCCCCCUUAUUUGACAUAGAAAUAGAGGGCUUUCAGGUGAGAAUUAAUUCACCCUACCAAAAAAAACAGUGGCUGUAAUUGUUUCUUGCCUUACGGAUUUGUUUCCUUCAUCAUAAAGGGUUGAUAAGUUCCAUUCUGGGGUUGCAGCCUUCUGUUCUAUAACUAGUCAGUGCAUACCUAGUGUCUUUUAAUAAAAUAGUGUCCCAUACUACAUUCAUUAACACAGAUUCCGUAUAAAGUCAAUAAGAACCAGUUCUUGGCAAAGCAAUUUAACAAUGAAGACAAUGUCAUAUUCCCAUUUUGGAUAGAAAGGAACAGGUCUAGAUAUUUCUAAAGCAUAAACAUUUAGAAAGCAUGUUAUACAACAUUUAAUGCUUGACGUUGAAAUUCCUCUCCCCUUUCCUUAUGGUCAUUGUAAUUAUUGGUGACCGCACUUGUCAUACGAGUUUAUGACCUUGAAACCCUGCUGGUAUUGUAUCCUGUUAAUGAGGUAGGGUGGAUGUUCCACUGAUAUUAUCCUGACCACAGCUUUCUAACCUAGUUCCAUCACUAACAUGUGUUUGCAUUCUGUUGGAUAUACAGGAGUGAGCACAAUAUCACUUGAAUGAUGUAAUGUAAGUGAAUGCAGUCAAUUUUAACGAUGGGGUCUUUCUAGUUUACCUGUAUUGCUGUAUACUUUGGUAUUGUUUUCCGUGUGUAUCACAGUUUUAUUUUGUAACACUUUAUAUUGUCAAGAACACGUUACAAUAUAAUGCAGAAAAUGCAACAAACUGAAUUGUUGUAUCAGCGGCUCCCUGACACCCAUCUUACCAGUGUACUGUUAGUUGCAAAGAUGUUCAGUUCAAUAUUUUACUGUACUUGAGUAUGUGUUGGCAGAACUGGUAGCUGCCAGUGGUCUGGCCCAAAUGAAUUCAAGUAGCUGGAAUCCGGAGUAUGCUCUGACUCUAUGACCUUACAGUAUUGACAUGUCCCGUUAUUUACCUGUUUUUUCUUUGUCUAUUCCCUUGCAGCUUGAUUUGUGUCUCUAAACUCUUCACAUGUAUGAUGUGCAUCUUUAUAUAUUUAUGUUCAAGUUAAACAUUUUAUUUAGCCUUUAAAUAAAGUUUGGUUUCAAUUUGA